AUGCAAGGUGCCACUCCCAGAGAUAUAUUCAACUCACAACUCCUUAGUACACAGCCCCAUGAGCUUGUAGAUAAAUCACAUGGCAAGGUUGUCUCCAUAAUUACAUCAGCAGGAUACGAUUAUAGAGGAACUUUGAAAGGCUUCGACGAAUCUGUUAACUGCAUUCUCGAAGAUGCAACAGAAACUUACAUUUUAACAGAAAACCCAACACCAAAGCAUCAUAAUCAAAUUUUAAUUAACGGCCGUAUUAUUCAAAUGAUUCUUCCAGACCAGCCACCUUUAGAGUAA